AUUUAGUAGAGUUUACAGAUGAAGAAGGGUAUGGAAAAUACCUGGAUUUGCAUGAAGURUAUGACAUGUUCUUAAAUCUUAAAGGAAUUGAGCGCAUCGAUUACUUGACAUACUUAGACAAUUUUGAUCGCCUGUUUGAUAUCCCAAAAGAGAAGAAAAAUACAGAUUACAAAAGGUAUAUUCAAGCUAUGUUUGAUUACCUUUAUGGCUAUUUCCAAAGGGUUGAGCCUCUGUAUGAUGUAGACAAGGAGCUUUCCAGCUUAGAGGAUGAGUUUGAAUUACAGUGGAUACAAGGGAAGUUCCCUGGAUGGCAAAAAGAUGCAAGCAGUGCUUUGGCACAUUCAGGAGCUCAUCUGGAUUUAUCAGCAUUUUCAUCCCCUGAGGAGCUUGCAUCUCUUGGACUGGACAGAUUGAAACGAGCUUUACAGGCUCUGGGGCUAAAGUGUGGAGGGACUCUGGAAGAGAGAGCACAGAGGUUGUUUUCAACCAAAGGUGUCCCAUUGGAGAAGCUUGAUCCAUCUCUCUUCGCCAAGUCAAGAGCAGGAAAAGGGAGGGAGAGUGCAGAGAAGCAAAAGGAAAUUGCAGGUAUUGAAGCACAGGUUUACCAUCUGAGUGAACUACUUGGGGAGCAAAGACAGGCUACCCGAGAGAAUGUUGAGAGAAAGCAAGCCAGGACGUCAGAUGAGCUGGAGGAAGAAGAUGAACAUGAGGAGGGAGAGGAGGCAGAAUCAGACGAUGAAGAAACAGUUUUGUACAACCCAAAGAACCUUCCCUUGGGAUGGGAUGGAAAACCUAUUCCUUAUUGGUUAUACAAGCUCCAUGGUCUGAACAUUAGUUAUAGCUGUGAAAUCUGUGGUAACUAUACCUACAGAGGACCCAAGGCCUUCCAAAGACACUUUGCUGAGUGGCGCCAUGCACAUGGAAUGAGAUGCCUUGGAAUACCCAACACGGCUCACUUUGCUAACGUCACUCUAAUCGAGGAUGCUGUAGCUCUCUGGCAGAAGCUCAAGUCUUCCAAGUCCAAGGAGAGGUGGUUAGCUGAACAAGAUGAGGAAUGCGAAGACUCUAAGGGAAACGUCGUAAACAAGAAAACAUUCGAAGAUCUCAGUCGACAAGGUUUACUGUAAACCACUCACCAACCCAUGCUCAACCGAACAAAACUAUACAAGAAACUAAAACACUUCUUGUCGAAAUAUUCCUCACCAAGUCUAGAAGCCAUUUAUUGUAUUUAUAUCUUKACCGACUGGCAUUAGUACUCAGUACGUAUAUCUGUUCACACGAAGGACUUGAGAGGAUGGGGAGAGGGAGGAGUAUGGAGGUUUUUAGACUCUUCCACAGUCUCUCGCUCGUCCGUUCCGUCUCCACGCUUAGAGACUGUAACGGUACAAUGACCGAAAGGACUCAUGUGUCCCGAAAACUUGGACCCAGCGUGCUU